AAACGAAACCAAGACCACGAACCCAACCCCGUACCAAUUGUCAUACUCGGUCUGUAUACGAAAACCUGUGUGGAACCAUCGCAUCACGGGUGUCCACAAUUUGUGGUGAGAAGAGAAAGAAACGAAAGAGUUCCCACCGAACUCCUCGCUGGCGUGGUGACUGACUUUCGGUAAACCUGGAUAGAGUCGUGUGCGUUACGCUUUAUUUUGGGUAGGACAAGGUUCCGCUAUACAUUUUAAAGGGGGUGGUAUAGACGCAAUAGCAAUAGCAAUACAAACACGCACGAUUUUCCGUUGUUCGGUAUGAGUUUUCAAGAUUUCGGUCGGAAGAACCGUGGGACGGGAACUCCAUCGUCCCGUCCCGAUCCCCAGGCACCCGCUUCGGGCUACCACCGGGCUUCUACGAAUCACUCGCACAAUGCUCUCGCCCAAACCAGCGAAAGUCUUUUACAAUAUCAACGUCACGUGGGCAUUCUCGAAAAGAUUGUCCAAUCCUUACUGGCCCGAUCCAAUCAUCCCGGUGGCACGGCGUACGACGAAUUGGAACUGCAGUACAAGGCACAGCUGGACGUCAUGAAUCAGUGGGAAGACAAGCUUACGCGGCAGAUUGCGCAACACCGGAAUACGACCAACAGCAGCAGCAACAACAACAACAACAAUAAAACUGUCAAGAGCAAUCAUGCCGCGACACCACCAACGGCACCAACAACAACGCAGUGGACGAAGUUGCAACGGGAUCACGAACGCAUCCAAGCCCGCGUGGCGGCACUACGGGACAGCGUCGCGCGCCGGCGGCCAAACGGCCCUCCGCGUCGGCAUCUCACCGACGGCGAGUCGGCGGAUUCUCCGUCGGGCCAUCCCGCCGCACCCGACUACGAACAGCAACAACAACUCCAACUCGAACAAGAUCGCAUGAAUGCCGACAUUAUGCGGGAGCGGGAAGAAGAAAUACGGAAUAUCAACCGCGGUAUGCACCAAGUGAACGAAAUUUACAAGGAUCUCGCCCACAUUGUCGGUUCCCAGCAGGAGCAGGUGGACAAUAUCGAAACGCAAAUGGAGGAAUCCCGGGUCAACGCCGAGUCGGGGUUGCAGCAAGUGGAAAAGGCCAACGAGAAAUUUGGCAACGCCAAUUGUGUAGUCUCGUAACACGAUGUUUUCCAAGAGGGGGGAUGAUGCAAUUCCUUCCAUUGAAUCGUCCGAUAAUAACCAUCUAUUUGGACAAACUCCUGUUUUUUCACCUUUCCGAACCGUGUCCAUGUCUCUAGUCGAACGUAAUCUUGGUGCCUUGGAAAGAAACAAUGCCGCUCUUCUGCGCCUUGCGCGCUUCCCAAGACGGGUGUAGAUGGGCGGUAUCGUCCGGCGUCGGUGUCGGCUGGGAGUGUUGCGACUGGUGGCCGGGACGCGACCGCGAUGGAAUGGAAGUUUCCGGACCCUGGUGAUCGUUGGGGUCCAUCUUUUUGGGUCGCCAGUUGAUGGAUCGGUCCAGUGUUCGUCCCUGUUGUCGCGCUUCCACCGCCAAAGCCUUGGCCUUGCGUGCCCGUUGUCCGCGUCGAUUCUUUUUGCGCGACUCUUCCAAGGACGCGGGGCCGUAGUGGCCGUCCCGGGGUCCAUUGCCCGAUCCGUCUUCGUCAGCGUUGUCCGGGUCCUCGCCCAGCCGACAAAACAGACUACCGGAAAGCCCCUUGGCGUCCAACGCGGCUUGUUUCUGGGACUGUGGUUGUUUGGAUUUCUUGAGCGGGCGUGCCGCGUCGGAAA